UAAAAACCAAAACCCUAAAAAUCUCUAACCUUACAUCUCCCAUCUCGGCGUCUCCUUUCAUAUUUCUCAAAUAUCUACCUCAGAAAUCAGAAUCCAAGCUAGACCCACUAAUCCAUGGCGAAAAAGAAAUCGACCCAUCUCGACAAACCGCCCAAGGAGGACCCAGGCGAGCAUAACACUCCCCAACCAGCCGCCAUGAAAGAAGAAAAUGGGGCCGCUUCAGAGAAACUCGACAACCUUAAAUCCCUUAACACAGUCCUCCUUAACGAAACAGUUCAACGUCGUCAACAGGUAACCUCUCUCCUCAAAUCCAAAGCUUCUCUGGAAUCGGACCUCACUCGCGCUCAAAUGGACAACACCGCCCUUCAGGCUGAGUUGGCUGGUUUGCACGACAGCGUUGCUCAAAUGGAUUUGGAAAACAACGUCGUUUCUCUCUUCGUUGGGACUCAGGCCAGUCUGCAGGCGGAGGCGAUUGGGAAGGAGAAGGUGGAAACCGAUGAGAAGAUUCGUAAUGCUGUGAUGGAGUUGGAGAAGGCGUUAAAAGAGAAAGCGGCGACUGAGGAAGUGAGAAGAGAGAAAGAGGUUCGUAUUGAGUCAUUGGAGAAGCAAAUGAACCGUCUUUCUGAGGAGAUUGAUAAUGAAAGGCUGGAACUGAAAAGGGUUUUUGCAGAAAGGGACGCCAUGAUUGCUGAGCUUGAUGUUCAGAUUGAGGAGACAAAUGGGCUGAAGGUCAAGCUAGCAGAAGCGGAAAUUUUUGGGAAAGAGACCUUAGAAGGCUUUGAGAAGCUUAAUGUGAAGAUCAAUGGUCUAGUGAAAGAAAGAGAAGAUAGAGAAAGAACAAUGGAGUCAAUUAUGAAGCAGAAAACCGAUGUUGAUAGAGCCUUGCAGACUUCUAAUCUAGAAGUGGAACAAUUAAAGAUCCAGGCUGAGGAAAUCAUGAGAUUGAAGGAAAAGACAGAGGAGGAUAGAAAUGGGGAAUUGAAGGAGAAAAAUGAGUUGCAGAAACUUGUGGAUCAGCUGAAUCUUGACUUGCUGAAUCUGAAGGAGAAGGAGAAUCAGCUGCAUGGCGAAAUCGAUGGUCUGGAAAGAUUGCGCAUUGAAGCAACAGAGAAGGAAAAGGAAAUGACUUCCUCUAUUGAAGUACUGAUGAAGGAGCAAAGUGAGAAAGAAAGUAGAAUCCAGAUUCUAAGUGAGGAAAAUGGUAUUAUAAAGAAGGAUCUCGAUGAUGCCAUGAAAGAAAUAGACAAUAAGAUGAAGGAUUUGGAGGAACUCAUGAACUGCAAAAUCAAGAUCGAUGAGGAGAAAGCUGAGAAAGAGAAAGAAGUUAUUGAGUUACAGAGAGAACUAAUUGAAACAAGAAUCGCCAUGUCUAAAAUGGAAGAAACACUCAAAGCUGAAUUAGACAACAACAAGCAGUUUCAGUCAGAAGUUAAGCAAGGCAAAGAAGUUAUCAAUCAGAUUACCAACGAAAGAGAUGAAGCAAGAAAAGGAUUGAAUGAUAAGAAGGAGCAAUGCAAUAACUUGCUGUCCAAAAUUGCCUCCAUGGAGAAAGAAAUCGAAGAAACCCAAAAACUGAUGGACAAGAUGGCAGACGAAAAGAACAAUUUGUUGGGAGAAAGAGAUGAUGCAAGAAAAGGGUUGAAUGAUGAAAAGGAGGAAGGCCAUAACUUGAUUUUGAAAAUAUCUGCCAUGGAGAAAGAAAUCGAAGAAACCCAGAAACUGAUAGAGAAGAUGACUGACGAAAAGAACAAUCUGUUGGGGGAAAGAGAUGAUGCAAGAAAAGGGUUGAAUGAUGAAAAGGAGGAAGGCCAUAACUUGAUUUUGAAAAUAUCCUCCAUGGAGAAAGAAAUUGAAGAAACCCAGAAACUGAUAGAGAAGAUGACAGACGAAAAUAACAAUCUGUUGGGGGAAAGAGAUGAUGCAAGAAAAUUGUUGAAUAAUGAAAAGGAGCAAGGCCAUAACUUGAUGUUGAAAAUAUCCGCCAUGGAGAAAGAAAUCGAAGAAACCCAGAAACUGAUUGAGAAGAUGAUAAGAGAAAAGAGCAAUCUAGUGGAAGAAAGAGAUGAUGCAAGAAAAUGGUUGAAUGAUGAAAAGGAGCACGGCCAUAACUUGAUGUUGAAAAUAUCCGCCAUGGAGAAAGCAAUCGAAGAAACCAAGAAACUGAUUGAGAAGAUGACAAGCGAAAAGUGCAAUCUAGUGGAAGAAAGAGGAAAACUAGAAGCCCAUUGUGAAAUAUUAAAGAAAGAAAUCGAUUCGUUGCAGAUCUCCCUAAAGAAAGCGAAGGAACAAAACGAUUCAAUGAAAGCAGAAAUAGAAUCAGUUAGUGCUGAUUCAAAGAAGGCGGUGGUGUUGCUGAGGAACACCCGAGCACUAUUUGACUGCAACCCGAAGAAGGAUGAGAGAAAUGGAAUUGAAGAAGUAGAAGAUGGAGCGUAUGAGGUUGAGUUGGAGACAAUCAAGAAUGCGUUCAAGAACAAAGAGGAGAAAGUGGAAGACAUGAAAAGGGAGUUGGUUCUUUUGCAGAAUUCAAUGGAGGAUGCAAACAAGAAGAAAAGUUUCUGGGCAUUGGUUUCAUCUGCAACCACUAUCUGUUGUGCUGCAAUUUCUCUUGCAUAUGUUGCAAAAGGCCAUUGAAGACUGAGAAAGAAGGUUCUCUUCUUGUUUUCAUCUUUUAUUUUUUAUUUUGUUUUUGCUUAAACUGGAAGAUUGACAAUACAAUGCUCUUAUCUUUUGAAGUUAAGUCAUAACUCAUAUUUCAUGA